AUGACUGAAAUUAAAGAAAAACUUUUUAACACAAAAAAUGUAAAACAUUAUCAGGAUAUGUGUCUAUAACAAGCAUUAGUUUUAAAGGAAAAGUAGAUUUUUAUCUCAAAGUAUUUUCAAAUUGAUAUUUAGAUUUUAUAAUUAAAAAAUACAACCUCUGUGACUGUAGAUAUUUUCGGUAAUUAUGAAAACGAUACCUAAUUGGGAUAUCAAAUCAUUUUAGGAGUAGAUGGAUCCUUAAAAAAUUAAAUGAUUCCUACUUCUCUGAUAAAUUUACAAGCGAAAAUUACAAACUUGAAUCCUAUUAUUCUCUUGCUAAUUGCUUUUAUGGAUUUAACUUUAUCAAUACCGAAAAUUUUGAUUUUUUGA